UCGCUAAGAAGAUGAACAAGCUGUACAUCGGGAACCUGGGCGAAAACGUGUGCCCCAUGGACCUGGAAAGUAUCUUUAAAGAGUCCAAGAUUCCUUUCACCGGCCAGUUUCUUGUGAAGACGGGAUAUGCUUUUGUGGACUGCCCCGACGAGAAUUGGGCUAUGAAGGCCAUCGAGGCACUUUCAGGUAAAGUGGAGCUGCAUGGUAAACUCCUAGAAGUUGAACAUUCAGUUCCCAAAAGACAAAGGAGUCGAAAACUUCAAAUCCGAAAUAUUCCACCACACUUGCAGUGGGAGGUCCUAGAUGGUUUGCUGGCACAGUAUGGAACUGUGGAAACGUGUGAACAAGUGAAUACUGACACAGAGACUGCAGUAGUAAAUGUAACAUACGCCAAUAAGGACCAGGCCAGGCAAGCAAUAGAAAAGUUGAACGGAUUCCAGCUUGAAAACUAUUCAUUAAAAGUUGCAUAUAUUCCUGAUGAAAUGGCAGCCCAACCACCUCCUCAGCAGCACUCUCAAGGUAGACGUGGAUUUGGGCAGAGAGGUCCUCCUAGACAAGGUUCUCCAGGUGCAGCAACAAGACAGAAACCACAGUCUGAUGUUCCAUUACGGAUACUUGUUCCAACCCAGUUUGUAGGAGCUAUUAUUGGAAAAGAAGGGGCCACAAUCAGAAACAUCACAAAGCAGACACAGUCAAAGAUUGAUAUUCAUCGUAAAGAAAAUGCAGGAGCUGCUGAAAAACCGAUCACAAUCCAUUCUACUCCAGAAGGAUGCUCAACUGCUUGUAAAAUUAUCAUGGAAAUAAUGCAAAAGGAAGCUCAAGACACUAAAUUCACAGACGACAUUCCUUUGAAGAUACUGGCACAUAAUAAUUUUGUUGGCCGACUCAUUGGUAAAGAGGGACGGAAUUUGAAAAAAAUUGAACAGGAUACUGACACUAAAAUAACAAUAUCUCCAUUGCAGGACUUGACACUAUAUAAUCCAGAACGAACCAUUACAGUUAAAGGCAGUAUUGAUACAUGUGCCAAGGCUGAGGAGGAAAUAAUGAAGAAAAUCAGGGAGUCAUAUGAAAAUGAUAUUGCUGCUAUGAAUCUUCAAGCACAUUUAAUCCCAGGGCUAAAUCUGAAUGCCUUGGGUUUAUUCCCACCUUCUUCUUCUGGGAUACCACCUCCCACAGUGGGUGUUGCUCCAGCCACUGCGUCCUCUUCAUAUCCUCCAUUUGGGGUAAUUCUAUCUCUUUUUAAUGAUUUGUAUCCCGCCUGUGUUUUCUUUGCUUUUGCAUUCCAGCAACAACCAGAAUCUGAGACAGUUCAUCUGUUCAUACCAGCCUUAGCAGUGGGGGCCAUUAUUGGCAAGCAAGGGCAGCACAUCAAGCAACUUUCUCGCUUUGCAGGUGCUUCUAUUAAGAUAGCACCUCCUGAAGGACCAGAUGCCAAACUGAGAAUGGUGAUAAUUACUGGACCACCCGAGGCACAAUUCAAGGCCCAAGGGAGAAUCUAUGGGAAACUUAAGGAAGAAAAUUUCUUUGGACCUAAAGAAGAAGUUAAACUUGAAGCUCAUAUAAAAGUGCCAUCUCAUGCUGCUGGUAGAGUUAUUGGCAAAGGUGGCAAAACGGUAAAUGAGCUUCAGAAUUUAACAAGUGCAGAAGUUGUUGUUCCUCGUGAUCAGACACCAGAUGAAAAUGAUCAGGUGGUUGUGAAAAUUACUGGUCAUUUCUAUGCAUGCCAGCUUGCCCAACGAAAAAUUCAGGAAAUACUGGCUCAGGUAAGAAGACAACAACAACAACAACAGAAAACAGCACCAAGUGGACAGCCUCAGCAGAGACGAAAAUAAAGGUUUAGUAAAAGACCCUUCAGAGACAGAUGCCAAACCAAAGAGAGAGAGAGACAGAGAGAAGACAGAGGAGAGAGAGAGAGAGAGACUAAAUUGUAAUGGACAGGUUAUGGGCACCUGUUGGAAUGAUAUACAAAAGUUUCACCAAGCCAGUUUGUUUCAGGACCAGGCGCAGUUGGCAUACUGUCUCUGAGAAUGUAUUCUUUAGGCGCUCUUUAUUUUUGAAACCCAGCUUUAAACUAAGGAACCCUUUCACUUCCCUUUUGUUCUAUUCUCACAGUUUAACAUAAACUUGCUAGUUUUCUUUCAUGGUUCUUACUAUUCCCCAGCAAUAUUAGACAUUGAUUUAAUGAAGCUUUCUCUUUCGAGUUCAUUGAUAUAAAAAAGUAAAGGCAUUGCUAUUCUAUUCCACUUGUAAAAGAAGCAAAGAUAAGGAGAAGGUUUGAUUUGGGGAUGGGACUGGAGUUUAGACAAGGGCAUUAACAAAGAGGUUAAGUGUUAUUCCCAACGUUAACUAAGUGGCUUUUUUUAAAAAACCCCUUUGGCUGCAUUUAUACACAAUACUGCCAUGUAUAAACUAAGAGGUUUCAGUGAUGUUGGCCAAGCAUAAAAAGACAAAUAUGCAUUUUACUAAACUACCUCAGGCAUUUAAUACCUCAAAUAAGAAAUUAUUCCUUUUUUGCUUUUUUUUUUUUUUUUUGCUUUUUUUGUAUUUUGUAUACUUUAUAAAGCUAAUAGUUUUUGAGCAUUUUAUUUUUUUAAAAAAUGAUAAAUUUGAUCAGCCAACAAGGUAGGAGUGCUACAAAAUUUAUUGAGAUGGAACAAAUGUUGUGAGUGACUUCUGUUGGCUGACAGGAGUGAGAUGGAAAAAAAUUAGUUUCAGAUUAUAUAUGAGGGUGUCAACACAAUCAUUUUUUGGGGGGUGGGUAGGGAAUCCAUGAAUGUUCUGAUUAACCUAAACAAAUGCCAAUAUACUCAUUGCAGCAAUGCCAUUAUUUUUCUGUUAAGAUGGGAUGAAAAAAAUUGAUGGUACGUUAUUGGGAACAGAACAAGGAAGUGAUGGCAAGAGGCUGGGACUUCUGGGUAAAUGCUAAGAAGUCUGUUAGAACUGGACGUUUUUUUUCUUGUAUUACUUGAUUGAAUGCAUGAACCCUUUGUGCCUUUGACCAUCACUCUCUGCCUACUAAUACUAAAAUAUUUGCAGCCUAUUUGUAUGUUCUGUAUCAAAGAGCAAGCUUCAUCUUGAGUUUGGUAAUGUGCUUGAUCAGUUAGCAGUUUGGAGGCAUGGGUUCUCUGCUUUCCAGCAAUUGCUUCGUACUCUUUUCAGUUAUUGUAUUGGGUGUUGGGUGAGGGAGGUGAGAUCAACAUUGUUUGAUGAUCCCAUUUAAAGGUAAUGAAAGGCUAAGUUUACAUAUCCUCUAUUAAAGGCCACACUAAGCCACUUCGAAGGGUUUUUUUAAAAAUAAAAAUAAAUUCAUACAACCUCAAGCUUGGCUUAUAAACAAGAUACAGCAGCAUUUAUGCACAUUCUGCAACAACCACAAACUAAAAACGAACUAAAAAGCAGGGAUCACAGAAAAAAAAUUUUUUUUUCUUUAAUUUCAGAAUGUAAUUUGAAUUGUGAUUGUGGUAAUAUGCAUUCAAGUUUCUACACAAACUUCAGUCUACCUCAGUUUAACAAUGUGGCAACAAAUGGUGCAUAAAGACUGCUGUGUGUGUGCAUGCCUCCCUGGGUGCACGAGCCAUGCUAUUACCUCGGACCCUUUUGUUUGUAAUGUUUCUGUUCAUGAGAAGAUUGGGACUGCUAUGCUGCACUGUUUGGAGGGGCACAAUUAGCAAAAACAGUUUGUUUCACCAUUUUGUUGAUCUACCUCUUAGAUUGAUAAGAAAAUAGAGGCAUUUCUACAUAGAAUAGAUCAUUUGCCCAAAGAUUAUGGUUAUACAGAUUAGAUAAUUUUUUUGGGGGGGGGAAGUUUCUCUUAUUUUACUGCAUUUUUCUUUACUAAUUGGCUUAAAAAUACAAGUAUAUGUAGUAGUUUAGCAGAAAAAAAGAAAAACAAGUUUCUUGGGGGCUUGGAAGGGGGAACAAUACUUUACCUAAACUUUAGGAUAUUUUUUUUCUUAUAAUGAACUUUUACAAUUACUGAAGUAAGAAGAUGGACAUAAUGUUUUUUAAAAAUCUGAGUUCAAUAUUAUUAAUUUUGGCAAAGAUUGAUGAUUGUUUUCCUUAAUAGCUUUAUUUUACAAAAUAAGUGCUACUUUACAUCUGCUGACAUAAAUAUUGUCAUUUUUCUUUAAAUUUGUAGAUUUUAGUGUGAUAAAAUCAUGUCUUUUAGUUUCAGUUGAGAUAUGACAAUAUGAAGUAUUUCAUAUAGCUAGGAAGUGAAAUUUUAAAUGAUUUCAGUGUUCAAUAAAGUAUUGAUCAUUUCUUCUCUGUAAUGUGCCCCCUAUGCAGCUUCACUUGCCAGAUGCCUCUGAAUGGAAUAAAGAGUUUAACUCCUACUAUCAGAUAAAUGUGUCUUUGUUUUAUUUGGUAAGAGAAAGAGGUUAAAGAAACUGAAAGAAUGGAGGAGAUCUUAAAAGCUUAUGUCCAUUUUUUAAAAAUGUAUUGAUUGAUUCAUGGGGCUGAAAUGGAAAUCCUUGCCAGAACAGAAUAAUUAACACGGCAGUUCACACUGGUAGUUCAGAUAUAUUGCAUAUUUAGUCUUAUUUAUAAGCUGCCCAGAGAAGAAGCUGUACUAACACUAUGAUUCUAAAUACAUACAACUGCACGAUUCUGAAGUUUGCUUCAUCAAGAAUAGAAUGAACUGAAACUGAUAAUGUCAUAAGUGAACUCAAAUGACUCAAUAUUCAUAUUGUAAAAUUGUGGUAUCAAUUUACCUUCAUGCCCAAAGACUUAAUUUGGAAAAUUUUAAUACUGAUAUGAGUUCUCUUACACUUUCCUAUCAUUAGAGGAGACUGGCAGGCUGCUUUGUGUGCACCUGUGAGCAUAACUCUUACCAAACACGUAAAUAGUAUUGAAGUUUUGUUGAGUAAACCUUGUGGGUUUAAUAACUUGCAGUGAUAAUAAAACAGAAUUUGAGCAAUUUGUUCGAUCUGCUUAAGUCAGGGUGUCAAAUUUUAUUUCAUUGAGGACCGC